AUGGCCGACAAUCCAACAUGCGGAGCCCCGCACACAGCCAAGCUUCACAUGUCCGGCUUCAAGCAAGACCGCCUCGUGAUGGACAUCAAGACAUGCCAAGAGACAGACUCAGUCUCCGCCGUCUUCACAAGAUCAUUCAACCGGCCUUCUUCGUCUAAACCCUUUCGCUCGCGUCAGUUAUGCUCCACUGCCUCGUCGGAUGGUGCGAGAUCUGGCGUAUUAGGUGUCUCAUUCGAUCCAGAAAUGAUGUGGGUUGAUUCUGGGGGAGGGGUAGAACUGCCAAGUAUCGUGGAACACGAAGAGUCUCUAAAUCAACAUCUCACCGAGAAAAGCUUGAAAGCCAGGUACCGCAAACUGGCCUCAGUACUCCUCGCGGCUUCAGUAUUCCAGCUUAGCAACAGUCCAUGGAUCGAGCAACGCCUUGAACUAGAACACAUUUAUUUGCCACCACCCGUCAACAAAGAUCUUCAGCAGUGGUGUCCCAGAAUCCAUUGCACUCUGGAAUCCAAUCAAGAUAGAAGACUGCAGAGCGACAAUAUUGCAGCCCUUGGAGUUCUUGUCAUGGAACUGGAGGCCAAUGGCAAGGCCAGUUGGAGUGCCGGAGAAGCAGACGAAGUCUCUGGGAAAGGAUCAAAUAUCUCACGUUUGACUCGGAUAUUGGGGGACUCCGAGUGGCAGAGCGACGUCGAUGAUAAGUAUCGUCAGAUCGCCAAAGCAUGCCUCGAAUUCAACACCCUAGUUGACACCCUCGAUCAACCACGCAUUUCCGCAGACAGGAAAGGGUUGGCUAUCAUCUACAAAAAGAUCCUGGUGCCGUUAUAUGACCAGCUUGUCGAUAGUUUCGAAGAGUGUGCGGACCUCUUCGAUGACAUAUUGGGGCCUGGGCGCCCUUUGGCCCCGCCAGUGAGUAAGCCCUUAGCAGUGGGAGAAAGACCGAUCUUAUUCGACGAUGAAGAUGAUACACCAAGCGAACAAGAAAAAUGUUUCAAUAGGAAAAAGUCCAAGGCGUUUCUCGAAGACCUCGGUCCGCUUGCAGCAUUCAUCAAAAGCAUUCGGCCGGAGAAACCUCAGCUUGCCCAGAAACGGCACCCCAGGAUACGAAUUGCAGUUCUGGACUCCGGUGUCAGUAAGGAAAUCGCCCUCAUCAACGGAGCAAUUGCGACCAAACACAUCAAUAGCUCCAAAAGCAAGAGUUUCGUUGACGCGGAAGACAGCUGGCAACAAGACACCCACGGCCAUGGGUCACAAAUGGUGCAACUGCUUCUCAGGACAGCCCCGACAGCUGAAAUUUACGUUGGCAAGAUAUGCACAGGCAAGACCGUAGAGGCGGGAUACAUGAACAGAAUUGCAAAGGCGAUCGACUGGGCUGUCAAUGAAUGUGACGUCCACAUAAUCUCAAUGUCUUUCGCCUACGAGGAAGACAACGCUAUGAUUGACGCGGCACUCGCAAACGCCAUCCGCCGCGACAAGCUGAUUUUCGCUGCAGCCUCCAACAAGGGAGGUCUGAAAGGGCGCGCCAGGCCUGCGCGUCGCGAUGGUGUGAUUUGCAUCCACGCGACAGACACCUUGGGCAACAAGGGCAAGAUGAACCCCUCGCCGCUGGACAGGGCUGACAACUUUGCCACUUUCGGCGUGGCCGUUCCUCUGAGAUGGGGAGGAGACGAUAUUUACAAGUCUGGUACCUCGUACGCGGUACCCAUUGCAGUCGGGUUUGCAGUGAUGGCCAUUGAGUUCACGACGCAUAAAUGCACAAACAUCCCCCGACACAAACGGGACGCUGUGUAUCAGAAACGGGGAAUGGAGGCAAUAUUUCGAAAGAUGGCUGAGUCGAGGGACGGAUACGAUUUCAUCCACCCCACUCGGAUCUGGGAGAAUUGGGGCACUCCGCCUGCGGACGGUGAGGCGGCGAGGACAAUCGGAGAGGCUUUGAGAUACCUGUGA